AUGUCUCAGCAAGCCGCUGCAAAGCCUUCGCUCCAGGGGGUCCGCAUCAAAGCAAGGAAAGGUGCCGUCAAGGCCCACGCUAAGCACGAGCCCACCAUCUUCAGAGACCAAGUCCUCAAACACCUCGAAAACGUCCCGCCCAACGACUUCGACGCCGUCACCAACAAACUAGUACAGGCCGGCUCCACUCUCGAGUACCUCAAGUAUGCCGACGCCCUCUUCGAGCUCCUCCUCGUCGGUGGCCUCCUCCAGCCCGGCGGCCAGUACGUCGACGACGGCACCCCGAUCUCCCCUUUCUCCCUCCUCAACGCCAAGGAGCCUGUGGAGGUGGCGGACGUGAAGCAGUACGUCGAGGUCCUCAACAAACUAAUCCGCAGAUACAAGUACCUCCAGCGCCCGCUCGAGGAGCGAUCGCUCCCGAACCUGCUCCAGUACAUGAACCGGUGGCCCGACGUCCAGCGGGAGAAGAUUUCGUACGCCAUUGGGCUCUUGAUGUCCCAAGGCCUCGCGAGCGCCAGCGCCCUCUCAAGCCUGACGAAGGACCACCUCGUCAAGAACGACCUCUCCGCGAACGUCGUCUCGCUCGCCUUCCGCGCGUACCUCAGCGCGCAGUCGAUGGAGCACCUCGCCGGCACCCUCAAGCGCGGCGGCAUCCGCGACCUCCUCCUCUUCUUCCCGCCGAGCAAGCGCGACGACCGCACCCUCGACGCGCACUUCCGCGCCGCCGGCCUGCCCCAGGUCGCGGACUGGUGGACGAAGCGCCAGUACGCGUCCCUCAAGGAGGCCGUCAUCGCCCAGCUGCGGGAGAUGCUCGCGCGCGGGGACACGCACGCGGACGUCGUCGCCGCCCUGCGCGCGCGCCAGGACGAGGCGCCCCUGCCCGAGGCCGAGCUCGUGUCGUGCAUCUGGCAGGGCCUGAUCGCCUCGGUCGAGUGGAGCGCGAGGCAGGACCAGAACGAGGCGCUUGCGUUGCGGGAGAUCGCGGGCUUCUCGGACAUCAUCGAGCCGUUCUGCAACGGCCCGAAGACGGAGGUCGCGCUCAUCAACACGGUGCAGGUGUACUGUUACGAAGACACGCGGAUCAUCAAGGCGUUCCCCCAGGUUCUCAAGGUGUUGUACAACAAGGACUGUAUCUCCGACCAAGCUAUUAUCUAUUGGCACCAGAAGGGGUCCAAGCCGCAGGGCAGGCAGCACUUCCUCCAGGCCGCGCAGCCCCUCGUCAAGUUCUUGCAGGAAGAGGAGAGCGACGAUGAAGACGAGGAGUGA